UCCUAAUUUGAAGGAUUCAAUAGAAUGCACAAUAUAUAUCAGAGUUGGAGACCACUUUUAUACGGGCACGAUGACAGGACAGCGGUUGGCUAUUGGGGUUAGGUGAGAUGGUGAAAGGGUAGGUAUGCGAAAGAGAAAGAUGCCUUGGUGGUCGGGUGUUCUGCCUUGUGCCUGGUAAAACACGAACAAACGAGGUAGUAACGUAACCUUGGCUAUAAGCUGAUUCGAUGGAUAUGGCAGCAGGAGAUUACAUUACAUUAGUUACCUGCACUUGAACAGGUAUCCAGACAAACACGCUCACACAUUGUAUCCUCAGAAUUACACCUUGCACAUCGCCUUGCAUCAGCACCCAAACACACACAUGCUCACAAGGCUUUCGAAGCCCCCCACUCCGAAAACAAAGCACCACGGAAAUGUCAAAUCCAAAACUGUGGCUCUUCCUAUUCUGGUUGUUGGGUCCUUUGACCUUUUCGUCGGUCUGUUUGGUUGGGCGGCUCUUUGGUGGCGCAAGUGCGGCAGUGCUGUGUUGGUGCUUUCACUAUCAACUCAGCCCCCAAACCAACCCUGGUAACUAUGAUUUUUGCCCAUGUUUCGACUCACAUGAUACAAUGAUCAAUCACAUCAUGACAAUUGAUCGCUUGUUCCGUCCCUUUUGUCGCCUCAAUCGCCGCCGCAUAGGGCCCAGGGGCGCAUACAUACAUACCAUUGCACGCAUUAGCAUACAUAGUAAACAGCAUAGCCGCCUACUGUGUACUUUGCUCGCCCCUGUGGCUUUUUCGUUAUCCCCGGUGCCCUCCUCCCCCAUUCUGAAAGCCCAGUAUGCACAGCACCUGAAUGAGACGAACCGUUCCAGGGUCCCUCUUCAGAGGAAUAUUUACCUUGCAACUUGUAAGUUUGAUGUAUCUCUCCACCUACCACACUCGUACAUGUAUAUACAUGGUACGAAUCCGUUUCGGGCAACUCCUCGCUUGCGAAGUGGAGCGCCCAAUCGUGUUACUAGUCCGUCUCAGAACGAACUGUUCCCAAGGCAUACACAAAGGCAGAAGAGAGAAUAGGGCAGUGGUCAUUUAGAUGUAUAUGACUAUGUGCCUUAUUGUAGUCCUCUUGUACUUCGUUACUGUUGUUGGUGAGGAGAUGAUGGACUACAUGUGGGUGAGCAUGUCCUUGCGGCACAACUGAAGUAGAGAGCAUGAAUUGGUUGGCUCUCGAUGACGUUUGGUCGGAUAAGAAGGAACGAUUGAUGCCUUGGGG